UAAAUAUCUUUGGAGAGCGCCGUGAUAAACACAUGACCGGUGGUGCUGUGACCCACUCCACUGAUUCACCACACAAGACCAACUCUGCAGAGCUUGAAGACUCGACCUACGACUCGAGCAGGACUGAAGCGACUAGCUGUACACAGGAGAGACGAGACAAUACUACAGGACGAUGGUGGCGUGGCUCUGCGUCACCCUGCUGCUGACUCUCCUGAGCACCAGUUGGGCAGGAGAAAAGCCAUGUCCAACAUCAGCUGCUGACUGCAACCAGUGCAUCCAGUCCAACCCAGAAUGUGCCUGGUGCUCCGCUCCUGGUGACUGGCAGCAGCACUGUAACACCGUGAGGAGGCACCACAGAGCCGGUUGUACGGACCUGUACCAUCCCCAAGGCAAACUCUACAUCCACAGAAAUCAACUCAGGCGCGCCAGAUUGAGGUAUGAGACGGAGGAAAUAUUGCUGGCGCCGCAGGAGAUUGCCCUCAGUCUCAGGCCCGGUGUGACCCAGUCCUUCAAUCUAGACAUCACCACAGACCAGCUGGUUCCAGAGAUGGACACCAGUGGGGCACCGGAAGGCCUCAACAUCACCUUCUCCAAGCAAAGUGAAGGCGUCCGCGUUCAUGUCCAUGUGGAGGUUGCUCAUUGCCGUGACCAGAACCAGACCGGUCCGUGGUCCAUUCAAAUCACACCACGAGGACUUUCACAGAGUUUAAAGUUAACUGUUGACGUGGCGUGUGAGUGCGAGUGCAUGAAAAAGCGCGAGGAGAACAGUCCGGCCUGCAGCGGCCGCGGCACUCUGCAGUGCAGCGUCUGCCAUUGUAAGCAGCCGUAUCAUGGAAAGCACUGCCAGGAGGAUCCAGAGUCCACCACUGAUGACGAGGCCUGCCGCCCCCGCCCCGGCUCCCUGGUGUGCAGUGGGAAUGGGAAAUGCGUGGACGGAUUCUGCGAAUGUCGGGUUAGAGAAAUCCCGACUGAGAGAUACAGCGGACGGUUCUGCGAAUGCGACAACUUCAGCUGCCCGUACCAUCAGAGAAGGAUGUGCGGAGGUCGAGGCAGGUGUGAGUGUGGGGAGUGUAUCUGUGAUGAAGGCUGGGCGGGCGAGUACUGUGGCUGCCUCAUGGACGCCACGCCCUGCAUGGCUCAGAACCAGCAGAUUUGUAAUGGGAAAGGUACUUGUGAAUGUGGGCAGUGUAAAUGUUCUCCGCCGUAUCAAGGCCCCACCUGCGAGGACUGCCCCUCCUGCACCAGCACCUGCGCGGAGAACGCCGCCUGCGUGGAGUGUCGAGCGUUUCACACCGGCGCAAAGAAGAGCACAUGCGACGAGGAUUGUGCUGGUCUCAUCUUAAGGACAGUGGACUCCAGAGAUGAUAUUCCUCAAGGUGGGACAGCUAAACUCUGUCGGAUGCGUAGCCGCGAUGACUCCUGUAUCUUCCACUACUCCAUCGAACGAAGCCCUGCAGGGCCACUGGCGACUGUGUGGCGCCAGAAGCAAUGUCCGCCUUCACUGUGAAAGUGACCUGAACUAGCUUGCAUCCAUCCAUGCUCAUCUCAGAAGAUAAUAAAUGAUCCUAAUCAAACCACA